AUGGCGACAGAGUCCGAGGGCCAGGUCGUCUUUUGCGACCUGGAUGCGCCCGGGAGCAUCCACCUCAAGCCCGAACGGACGGGGAAGCAGGAGACCUUCAUGUUUGACACAGUCCUUCCCAGUAGCGCGGGCCAGGCGGCGGUCUACAACCUGAUCGGAAGUCCUGUCCUUCAUCGCCUGAUGAGUGGGUACCACGGCUGCAUCCUUGCCUUCGGCCCCACCGGAUGCGGCAAGAGCCACACCAUCUUCGGCAUGGAGUCUCGGGGCCUUCUGCCACGCAUCGCGGAGAAGCUUUUGGAGGCCGAGGUCGGAAGCCAGAAAAUCGUGAAGCUGUCAUACCUUGAGCUCUACAACGAGAAGGUGCGGGAUCUGCUGCAGCCCGACAUGCUAGAGCCUGGUAAGGUGAGUGCCUUGGAGGUGCGGGAGCAUCCGAAGGUCGGCAUUUUCGUGGACGGCCUCACGCGCAAUGCAGUGUCUUCCGUGGAGGAUGUUCUUCUUUUGCUGGAGUUCGGGCACAAGAUGAGAGUUCUGGGAUCCACCCACUACGGACAGUCUUCGCGAGCCCAUGCAAUUGCUACCCUUUAUGUGGAGCAGGUGCUGGAUUCGGAUGGUGCCAGCAGCGUGGCUUCCCUUCCGGGCCAACGCGUUCGCCGACAUUCCCAGCUGCAGGCAGUAGACCUGGCUGGUGCAGAGCGACUAGGCAGUGGGAGCCUGGCUGCGCUGGGGAAUAUGGUCUCCACGCUGUCGAGAGGACCGCAGAGCUUGGAGCAAGUGCCCUAUCGCAGCAGUAAGUUGACCUGUCUGCUCGCAAACUCGCUGAUGGGGAAUUGCCACACAUCUGUCGUGGCGUGCGUGUCGCCGAGGGCGAGCUACGAAGAGCUCACGGGGGCCACUCUGCACUUCGCCUCCCAGGUGCGGAAGAUCAAGACGCACGGGGUGAAGAACGAGGAGCUACAUGGAGACAUGGUCCAGUCACUGCGCACGGAGGUGAGCAUGCUGAAGCGCAGGCUGGCGCAGGGAGGCUUGGACCAGGCCCAAGCCAGGUCCCUAGAGGCGCAGCUUCGGUGUGAGCAGUACCUGCAGGAGGAGUUGGGCCUCAGUGCCGAGGAAGUGCAGGAACGGGCCAAGAGCGCUGAGCGGCUUCGCCGUCGGACCUUGCGGCAGCUGGGCCUGCGCUUCCCAGAGGUCUGCGAGGGCUGCGUGUCGAUCGUCAACGUGUCGGUGGACCCCUUGCUGUCGGGCCGUCUCACAUGGGCCAUGGCUCCGGGCGAGCAGUUCCGCAUCGGCAGUGAGGGCUGCGAGAUCUCGGUGGACGGCUUGGGGGUGGAGGCUGAGAUGUGCCGACUCCACUGCAGCGUCAACGGCUUGGAGGUGAUUCCUGUGCUGCCGGAGCCUGUUGAGCCCACGGCGGUCAAGGAUCCGGGCAGCCCCAUGCGCAGACGCCGGUCGCUCUUCAAGAAGGGCCAGGGCAUGGUCUUAGUGAACGGCACCUGGCUGGAGGGCCCCCACGCCCUGCACACCGGCGACCUGCUGCGAGUGGGCAGAAGCCACUUCUUCCGAGUGGUGAUCCCCGCGGAGGGUGAGACAGUGUCGCGCCGUGCCGAGGACGUGUCGGCCAUCGAGAGCACCUUCGGGGUGACCUUCGCUCAGGAUUCCCAGCGGUUGCGCGAGCGCGUCGCGGGAGACACUGAGAAGGUGCUUCAUGACCUCAAGAGCCUAAAGCUUGCGGUGGACGAGGCCAACGCCCUCACAGAAGAGCUUCGAGGGAACCAAGAGCUGGUCUUCAAGGGGAAUCUUCUCCUAGAUCCCUUGGAGAACGAGGAACCUUCCCUGGUUGUCUCGCUGCGCAGCGUUGACGGAGAUGCCCUGAGCAGAAGGAGCAAUCUGAUUGCCACGUGGAGCCUGCCGGAGUUUGAGGCUCGCCUUGAGGCGAUGCGCGACAUCUACGACGAGGUGCGGCUGAGGGACCUCCCCUGGGGCCAGCCUGGGGAUGUGGACCUCUGGCAGGCGCACAGCAAUAUCGUCGCUGUCUCUGAUGGCAGCCCACGUACCCGCACAUCGCGCACAGGCAGCCCCAGCCGCUUCACACCACGGGCCAGCAUUGACCGGCAAAGCUACGCCGCGCCUCCGGAGCCAUCCUUCGGGCCAUGCAGCACAUCGAGCCUACACCAGAGUGCACCCAGCUCACCCCGCGUGGCGCAGAUCAUGCAACAGCUCCCAGCGCUGCACGCCGAACUGGCCAAGGCGCACGAGGCGCAGGGGGUGCACGCUACAGAGCUGGAGGUGGUGCGCAAAGAACUGGAGGACCUUCGUCUGAGCAUUGCGCGUCAGACAACGUCCCCUGCUCGACGCCCCGGAGAUUCUAUUCGUCUCUCAGGCACUGUGGCAGAGGACACGAGUCAGCCAAAGCCUUCGCCGCGGAAGCUAUCUUCGCCCAAGCAGUCUUCGCCGCGAGAGCGGGGGCCCUGCAAGGUGAAGAUCUCGCCUCGCCGUUGGCAGUCUGCGCCGGGAGCAAGAACACCAGCCACACCAGUGGCAGUGGCAGUGGCCAAAGUGCAGGUGGCACCGCCUGAGGAGCCCUCACCGGUGUCGCCCAGCUUUUCACGCCUGCAUAGCGCGGAGGAGGGCUCCCAGCCAUCAGAACCGGUGCCUGGUUCCCUCCGGCAGAGUCUGAGUCAUUUGCCUCCCAGGUCCGCAGAGAGGGCGGGUAGCACCAUGACGCAGUCCAGCUCUCUGUCGGUGCCCGGCUCUGCGGUGCUGCGGCAGUACAGCGCCCCCGUGUCAGUGAGGACCCUUCCGCCGCGGCUGGUGGCAGGCUAUCCAAGUGUCGCACCUCCUCCCGCGCAAGUGGCGACGACCGUGGUGGGCUGGCCGUAUCCAGCAGGCCGCUCCAAUCCCGCCACGCCGCGAGUCCAGGUUGCUCCGCCGCGCUAUGUGCAGCCGGUGCUUGUGCCGACACCGAGGUCAUACCAGGCUACGCCCAGCUACACGGCUCAGGUGCAGAGCGCCAGGUCUCAUUCAUCGAGCCCGAAUCCUCAUGGCGCCUCCGUAAACCUUCGGCCGCCAGAGGAGCCAUUCGCAGCCCGAGCCACACCGCCAGUGCCAUCCGUGCCGCCUCGGGUGGCCUCUCCAGCCGUCACCGCUGUUUCGACCCCGCGAUUCACGAACGAGGUGGAUGCCAUGGCGCAAGCUGCAGCGCAGGCAGUGGCCAAGGCUGCUCCGGGCAUGAGCAUUGUUGUGAGACCCGUAUCUCAAACACAGGCGGCGAUGCUGGCGAAGAGGCAUGCCACGCCAGCAGAGGACGCUUCCUGCCCCUUUUGCCACCAGAAGAUCUUUGCCGACGCGGUGUUUUGCCGCCACUGUGGCGGAAAGCUUCGGGAGGAUCCGGAUGCCUCCAAGGCACCGGACUUGAGGAGCUGUCAAGUUGAGAUCGCCGGGCUCAAGAAGCAGGUCUCCGAGCGGGUAAACAUGGAGAGCAUCGAGGGGCCCUUCCAGCUGAAUCCCGGCGAGGAGGCCGACGUUCAUGGAACGCGACAUCUCAAGCUGCAGACGAUCUUCGAGGACAGCCGGAACAGCCUCAUUGAGGAGCAGAGGUACUUCUUGGCCAACGAGUGGAACACCACCAAGCCGUACACUCGCCUGAAAUGCGGGUUCAGCGACCGGGGCCACACCAACGUGUUCACCCUGGAGUACGACAUGCUUUGUCCUAUCACCUUGCCUCACUCCGCCGGUGUCCACAUGCUGGUUUUGACCCUUCGGACCUGGUAUACAUCCAUGGUCUCCUGCGUGAUGCACAUCGUGUCCGCGCGGGAUUUGCCCUUCGCCACGCAUUCCAUGAUUGUGGAGAACACCCUUACGGUGAGCGUGCGUGAAGAGGACCUGCUAAGAAGUGAGGCCUGCCCGAUUUGCUUAGAGACCUUCCAAGUGGGCGACAAGGUGCGGCGGCUGCCGUGCAUGCACUGCUUCCACAUGGUGGGCGGCGAGCCUUCCUCCUCGCAGGGCCGGCACUGUAACAUUGACAAGCACCUGGUGGUGAACAAGCAGUGCCCCGUCUGCAAGACCCCGAUUGACAUCAUGGAGCGGCUGGAAAACGACCGGAACUCCACCGUUGUGUCCAGCGAGAGCACAAUGGCCAUUACCAGCGGGACUGCAGAACCACCAGCACAGCCCCAGGCGACAGAAGCCAGGCCCGCGCCGGCGCCGGCGCCGACCGCGUUGGAGGCGGCCGAGACUUCGGAGUCCAGCCCAAGACUGCCGGAGCAGGCAGCCGAGUUGGAGAGGGUGGUGAGAAGCUUGCAGUCCCGAUGGCUUCAAAUCCAGGAUGUGGUGGCCGGAGUGCAGCAGAUGCUUCACUACAUCGAGGACAGCCACACCGCCUUGAGCUCACGUACAGGUGACGCAACUGCUCCUGUUGCUCCUCAGCCUGCUGAUCCUGUUGCCCCUGCUCCUUUGGAGGUGCCUGAAGUGGCGGAGCCGGAGGUAGUGCGGGAAGUGCAGCAGGCGCGAGACGAGAAACUGGGAGAGCCGCGAUUUCGAAGCGCCAUGGGCACCUUAGCACAGACCCUGUUCCUCCGAAGCCGCCGCGUGCUGCUGGGCCGCUGGCGCUCCGGGCCCUUCGCGCACCGCGUCACCGGACUGCUCGGCUGCGCCCCAGGCCCGCCGGAAGUUGCGGCUGCGGCCAUUUGCCACUCCCUGGGGGCCAAGGCCGAGAUCUCGCGGCUGCGGCGGAGGGGAAGAUUCACCUUCCAGGAGCUCGAUGAAGCGCACCCUGCCGCACAGCAGCUGGGCAACGCCUACACGGAGCAUCAGCUCCUGUACCGAGUAGCUGAAGAUGAAGACUUCAAAGCUGUGGACACGCCGGACUUUGAGAUUCUAGGAUGGUUCGGGCGAGGGGAGAUUCCCUUCGACGAGAUGCCGGAGGACGACAGGCACUGGUAUGAUCAGAUCUUGUUCGAGGACCAGCGUCUCCGAGGGCAUUUCACUUUUCAAGGCACCUCAUUGGUGGCUCACGAGUUGGAGGAGGUGUCAGCCGCUGAAGGCCUCUGCGAGGUUUUGGGCUCGGAUGCCUCGGUGUUGCUGCACAACGCCCAGUGCUCCAAGAGCCGGGCCCUGCAGGAGGCGUUGGUGUCUGCAGGCCACAACUUUACUGAGCGGAGGUACUUGGAGGAGCCUUUGACCCUGAGCGAGCUGGAGGUGAUUUUUGCUCGGCUGAAGGCUGCUGAUGCAUCCUUGGAUCCCCGUGCUCUGUGCCGUUCAGAGGUUGAUGGGGAAGUUCUGGAGGCCAUUGCGCAGAAGCCGGAGCUGCUGCAACGACCAGUGCUGGUGCAGGGCCUGCGAGCAGCUUUGGGGCGCCCUACGCCCGCAGAUGCGCUGCGCCUGCUGCAGAUGUAG